AUGUCCUCCAAACCAUUCGGUCCUAUAAAGACAUUAUGGUUGAAAUGGAAAGCCCAGAAAUGGGUUCCAGGGAGGAAGAGAUUUUUAGUUGGCCUUGACCUUCACGGCAACACCUUCUGGGAAUUCCGCGACACUCUAAACUCUCACCAACACCGCAUGCGUCGAAUAGUACAAUAUCCCGGCCGAACCCACGCCUCCGACGUCAAAGUCAGUCCUCAAUGGAUGCAAUGGCUACGACAUACCCGUACCGACGCCCCCAGCAUAGCUGAGCAGAGCCAAGACGUGGUCAGACAGGCAAACCUAAAGAUUCUCGCUGCGCAAGCGGAUAAGCGGUGGAAUGAUAAAGCAAGUGUGCUUGAUGCGCCGGGGCAUGUCAGAGGGCAGCCGCUGCCGGCACUGGGGCUGGGGAUGGCUCAGAGUGAUAAGGCGACGGGGAAAUCGGAGGGGAGGACUAGUGUGGUUGAUGAUACAACGGAGCCAGAAAGUGUUGGGGAGGUUCCGGAUAGUGUGAAGGAGCAGGGGAAGAUGGAGGAAAAGAAAGUUAAAGAGGAGAAAGAUGAUCCGUGGAAGAGAGCACAGGGUAGCGCGGGUGAACAGUGGCAACCGCAGGCCUGGUCUGGUGGAAAGGCUGCUUCGAGGAGGUAA